AUGGCGUUCGUCGACUACACGCAGUUCCACCAGGUCUUUCCGCCAGAUCUCGGAUCGCCGUACGCGCCAGACUUGAUCCGCGAAAUCGAGACGUACCGCAAGAGCUUCGAUGGCGUGCUGUUCAUCGACCGAGUUCUCAAAGCCCUGGGCGUGACCAAAGCCAAGUCGUAUCCUCCAAGGGGCGAUAAUGGCCUCCACGAGCUGCACCAGAAGGUCUGCCAGAGCAACAUGUCGGCACACCACAAGCUUUCGGUCCUGUACUACCUACUUCUGGAUUACGAUGACAUCCUUGGCGUGCGAUCACAGCUAGCCGAGCAGUUUUGCCAGAAGACUGGCAUCCCCAAUAAGUACCAGAUCUUCAUGAAAGGAUUGUGGCACAUGGAUCGGCAACAGUUUCAUCUUGCUCUCGAAUACCUUGCACACCCCUCGCUUCUUCCCGAGUUUGCCGACGACAUUAUCUCCAUCCUGGUCUCGCAGGCACAGGGCGGCGACUAUACUUGGGCUCUUGCCUACUACCAUUCGGUGCAACCUGUGCUGAAGACAGCAGGGGCCCUCGAGUUGCUGUUUGGCGCAAUGGCUCGCACGAGCGUGUCUGAGGCUCUCUUCUUCUCGCGCUCUCAACCAGAGCCGACGCGCCGCCUUUUGUUUGAGCGCCUCGUUCAGUCGGUUCAUGACAGCGACGCAUCGGUUGCGGGGAGCAGGGAUCAGAGGGCACGUGCCCUUACCAGUCUUCCGCUCGACAUGGACGAAGACGCGUGGUUUGAAGAGUUUCUCACGAGCGCAGAGGGCAAAAAGCUCAAGAAUGCUCGGGAUACCUGGGCCCUGCGCAAGUUUGCAACAAAUCAGCUCUCGGACGUGGGCGACGAGAAGCUUCGGGCCCGCUUGGCGGCCCUCGGCCGUCCACACUAA